AUGGAUUUGCUCCUUGUCUUGGUCGCUAUGUCGUUUGGUUUGGUCGCUCUUUUAGGAUAUUCGGGUUGCUGGGUCGCAGGAACAUCGUACCAGACUUCGAAUUUGGUUGAUACCAAGAAUAAAAGCUCCAGACGUGCCAGGCAGCUACAAAGCAUCGUGGGCGGGAACCCACCCGGCGAGGCGGCGCGACUCAUUUGUUCUGUGCCUAUUCCGCUGCUGUCCAGCUUGUGGAUUAUGAAUGGCUAG